AUAUAUCGUAUCGUAAUUUCUAACGAAACCGAUCGCCAAACUCGUAACCAUGCACUCAAGCUGUUCGUGAACACUGGUCAGUUCUUUCCUUACCGUACGUAAAUCGAGUUCCGGUGUUUCCAGUUCUCUAACACGGAAGGCCACGGAAAGUAUACUCGGACUUUGAUUCGUAUUCCAUCAGUCGAGUAUGAUCUCGUGGUUGCUACAGAUUCUUCGGUUACUUGAUUUUAAGUUUGAAGUUUUCUCAAUCCAAUUUACUCUUAGUUCAGUAACGCACAACCAGCAACUGCAUCAGUAGACAAAGGAGCAAUGGGAUACAUCGUAAUGAAGUAAAAGCUCAGCUGGAAUUAGCCAGAGAUAUUUGAAGCCACAAAAUAUGAAGAUAAGAGUGACCUUGAUCAUUUUUAUGUGCACCACCUUUGCUGCGAAUGCUGAUAAGUUUCCAGAGACAAAAGAUCUGGCGAAGAAGUCCGAACCAAGGCACCGAGUGUACGAGUAUUCAAGAAGCAUCGAAGCCGUCAGCGUAGAUUUCGGUAAUGCAAAUGGCGGAGGUCGAAGUGAAGUUACGAAGCAUGUGCGCCUCUCCUACACCCCAGAUGAAGAAGAUAUCUCAGACAGUAUGGUCGGAAAUCAUAUUCAGAAGGGAUCCGAGAGGUCAUUGCAGGUGCUGACUAGUACGAGGAAGAACUCUAAGCAGCCAUCGAAAAUUCUUGACUCUGAUGGCUCGACCUCGAGCGAGGAAGGGUUCUCUUGCAGUUGUGUCGAGGAGGAGAAAGGACAAGAUGGAGGAUUUCAUGAUGCCACUCUUAGUGGCUUACAAAAUGAAAUUUGCUGCAUUGAUACCAAUACUAAUGGGUGGGAUGUCACUGCUGGUCUCAACAACAGCUUUGGCUGGAUUCUUCUUUUCACUGUUCGCCGCCGUGCUAGGACUCAAAACCGAUUAAACAUGCUAUCCAAGGAAGGAUAGCUCUAACGCAAAGAGAAACUGUAUACUUUCAACCUGGAGCAUCUUCAAUUGUGCAGAGAGAACUUUGCAAGAAAUGAUCGAUCGUGCAGCUGGGCAAUGAUUAUAUUUUGUCGAUAACCCAAAUGUGUAGGUUUUAUUUACGCUUAUUUCUACCUACCUUAUGUUAGCUCGAUAUACUCGGAAUAGCCAGAUAAAUCAAGCGCAAAAUGUCUGGGUAAACGGGCUAUCAUUGACCAUCAUCAAGCUGCUCUAAGACAGCACUUUAUUGAUGCAAACAAGUGCAUCAACCUGAGGUAUUAUCUGCGAGGUUGAAUCGUGCGGCGAAAUAACGGGAAAAUAUUCUAUACGCAUACAGGCGUAGAUCAACUGUUACACAAUAAAACAAGUUCAAUAUUAUUUUAGAUGAUAAAUAUUUGUUUAAUUUAAUUGGCUUAACAUUAGUACAUUUGUUUUGUCGCGUUUUACAUGUUUCGAUCUGGAUUAGGUGUAUGAAUGGAUAUGGCUUUUCAUGAUGUAUCCAGUUAUAAUUAAUCUCUUAUUAGCUAAUUUAAAUAUUCUUCUACAAUACACGCUUGUUCCCCGUAUAUUAAGAUUAAACGUGUUCGUAGUUUUGAAAUAGUUUAUAUCAGGUAGGUAUUUAUUAUAUUAAAUUAAGAUCUUACCUACUUCAUCUCAUGACACUGAUGACAUUAAAAUUUCUUACACUCUGUAAUAAAUAAUUCGUUAUUUUCAACAAAACCUAAAUCUGACUUUCUGCUUCGCCUAUCCCGCAAAUAAAAUAUUAGUGACAUGAACGCAAUGUAGGGAAGUGUGGAGUAGAUCUUUGUGAGCCAGGGGCAAAGCGAAUUCAAUACUAGCAGUAUCGCAAUUCUGCAAAGUGUAUGAAGGUGUUGAAUUCAACCUAACCUCUGCUUACAUAAUUUCUAUUCUUCCCGACAGGCCUGAAAGUAGCAGUGAAUAAUCUUCGAAAUAGUAA